AUGCCGCUGUUUAAAAACUUCCGCAGCGGCGCAAAGGUCGUGGACCAAGCGGUCAAUCUGGACCCGCACACCUGGACAUUGCCAUCGUCAUACAAGCCCUCUCAAGCAGAUGGUAAACAAACCAUCAUUCCCGACCCAAGAGUCUUUUCCAACGUGUUUUCGAUUCCCUGCGAAAUGGAAGGACAAAGUAUUGAGACUCUAUUGGCCUACCCUGACGCAAGUCAUGCUGCUGUGCAUCUGGCUCUGCUUGAGUGUUUUCGCAACCUCAAGGCUAGCGCGGGCGCUCUUAGCAUUGAGGUCAUCCAACCACCUGCAUACGAUGACACCAAGAGCCCAGUGCCAGCAUCAGCAUCAGAGCCAACGCAGCUUCCCGCAUCCCAAAAAUGGGACCUCCUCAUAAAACUCGCAGUUACACGAUUUACAACUUGGUGGUCUGGCAUUGAGCUAUUGCUGAACCACGCCAACGCCUACUCGCAUCAUGGCGGCAGUCGUGCUGCUCUUCAGCUCACCAAGGACUAUCUCCCACCAUUGGACAUACUACUAGUAUGGUACGCACUUAUGCUGAACCCGAAGGCUUAUGAGGCUGCUUGCAACGCCCAGGGUGCCAAUGCUACGCGACUCAAAAACCUUUGCUUCCCUUGGCCCGCCAUCCGCGAUGUCAUCGAUAUGGAUAAGAUGCAGCUUGGACUUCCUCGCUCCGCCCAGAAGCUGUUCACUAAUAUCACGUCUCAACCAUGCGAUAUUCUUGAGUAUUUACAGAGUCCCCCGGCAUAUACCGACACCGGCAAAGUGCGUAUCGAAACAGAUUUAUUCAGCGAAGUCAAAAGGCAUGAAGACAUUAUCCAAGAGUCUAAUAAGCUCCUGUGGAUACGCUCACCUGCUUUACAAGGGUCACUCAUCCGAGCGGGCUUGGAGUACCUCGACUUUCACUUGAGGGAACCCAAUGCAGUGGAAGAGGACAUGGUUUGCCACCAGUCCUUCGGAGUUAGGCUCUUUUGGAGGACGCAUCGCUUGUUUCCACGACAGUACAAGGCUUUCCUGAAAGAAAUAGGAGGCAUCCAGUCAGAGCAAACUCAGGGACAGGACCUCAAACGAGAUGCGAAGAUUCUUUUCGAUAUGGAUGACCCAUCUCCCAUGCAAGAGCACUGCCAUUGCUGGACCUGCGAGCGCAUUCGCGACGAUCUCCCAGAAUUCGUCUACACAAAACCUUUACCGACGGCGUCCUCUUCAUCAAGUUUGACUCCUAUGCAGAAACAAAUCUCUUCAUUAUCUGCGGAAACUCUACUGCAAAUACAAGAUGACCUAGGCUUCUGUCUUGCAGUUGAGGAUGCUCGUAGAUCUGGACUGACUUUACCGACUCGGCCACCGACUGCUGCAGAGAAGGAGGCUGAUAAGGUUGCCAAACAGAAGCAGAAGGAACUUGGAUAUAGGCCGGGACUGAAUGAGUAUGUGGAAGUGUUGCCUGAUGGGAGACGCAAGAUCCGGACGCAUAAGUAUGCAAGUGGAAUGUGGGGUACAACUUGGGUUUGA